AAGUUACAGCCUUUCUCCCGAGCAGUACUCUACAAGCGGAGCCAUGGCUUUCCUCCGUACGACGCUGGUGCUGGUGGCGGUGACGCUGCUCCUGACGGCAGACCUCACGGAGGGCAAGAAGCGGAAACACCGCCACAGGAGCAGGGAACACUCACGGGAAAACUCACGGGAGAACUCUCGGGGGAGCAGCGAGGAAAGCAGCCGGGACAGUUCGUCUGAGGAGUCCGGUGAGCAGGACAGCGAGCGCCUGGACAAGCUGGAAGAGUUGAUUAAAAAGCAACAAGAAGAGAUUAAGGCGUUGCAGGACGACAACAAGGUUCUAAAAGACAAGAUAAACGCACAAGCAAACACCACAGACAACCUGGAGGAGCAAAUAGAUUCGCUCCAACAGGAGGUUGAGAUGUGCAAAUACGACGUCUCGGACCUCGCCGACGAACUGAAGACGCUGAAGAACGACACGGAGGACCUUAAAGACGCCUUGGACAGCCAGAAGGCGGAGAUUGAGGAGCUGGAGGCCGAGGUGGAUGAAUUGGCGGAGUGCUGUGCGGAGACGGCCGCGGGGGAUGACGGGUUCUUCAUCCCGCUCGUACGGGAGGAGGACGCCGAGGGGGAGGAAGUUCUUCCUAAGUAGAAUCGUCAAUGCUCUAUAAAGCUUACUGCCUUAUGGCACGGUCACAUUUCCAAGCCGGGGCACAGCCGGUUGU